UGCCGGGGUUGUUCUUUCGAGGGGACGCUAGCGGUACCCCUUCAGAGGCCUGGGCUGUGUCAGCCUCUGUCACUCCUGUGCGGUCCCGGCGCUGCGCAGAGCGUUGGUGCCACCGUCAUGGAUCUAAAUUUAAACCGAGCGGAUUAUUUACAGGUGGGAGUGACCUCUCAGAGGACUAUGAAGCUACUUCCUGCCUCAAGACAUAGAACUACACAAAAGGUGGUUAUUGGAGAUCACGAUGGGGUAGUUACGUGCUUUGGCAUGAAAAAAGGAGAAGCAGUGGCAGUGUUCAAGACUUUACCGGGGCAGAAGAUUGCAAGAUUGGAGCUAGGAGGUGUUCUUAACACACCCCAGGAGAAAAUUUUUAUUGCUGCAGGAUCUGAGAUUAGAGGCUUCACAAAGAGAGGAAAACAGUUCCUCUCUUUUGAAACCAACCUCACUGAAAGCAUUAAAGCUAUGCAUAUAUCUGGCUCAGACCUCUUUCUCAGUGCAAGUUACAUCUAUAACCAUUAUUGUGAUUGCAAAGACCAACAUUAUUACCUUUCUGGGGACAAAAUCAAUGACGUCAUCUGCCUUCCAGUGGAAAGAUUACCUCGUAUUACACCAGUAUUGGCCUGCCAGGACAGAGUGCUCAGAGUUUUACAGGGAUCUGAUGUGAUGUAUGAAACUGAAGUGCCUGGCCCACCUACUGUUUUAGCACUACACAACGGAAAUGGCGGUGACUCUGGAGAAGACCUUUGGUUUGGAACAUCAGAUGGAAAACUUGGGCUUAUUCAGAUCACUACCUCCAAACCAAUACACAAGUGGGAAAUUCAAAAUGAGAAAAAGCGGGGAGGGAUUUUGUGUGUUGACAGCUUUGACAUUGUGGGUGAUGGGGUUAAGGAUUUACUUGUUGGGAGAGAUGAUGGAAUGGUGGAAGUGUACAGUUUUGACAAUGCAAAUGAGCCUGUUCUACGAUUUGAUCAGAUGUUGUCUGAAAGUGUCACAUCUAUCCAGGGUGGUUGUAUAGGGAAAGAUGGCUAUGAUGAAAUUGUGGUAUCCACAUAUUCAGGCUGGGUUACAGGUCUGACAACAGAGCCUGUACAUAAGGAAAGUGGACCGGGAGAAGAACUGAAAAUUAAUCAGGAGAUGCAGAAUAAAAUUUCUUCUUUAAGGAGUGAGCUGGAACAUCUGCAGUAUAAGGUAGUACAGGAAAGAGAGAAAUAUCAACAGUCUUCUCAAUCAAGCAAAGCAAAAUCAGCAGUACCUUCGUUUAGUGUAAAUGAUAAGUUUACAUUAAAUAAAGAUGAUGCCAGCUACAGUCUCAUCUUAGAGGUACAGACAGCGAUAGAUAACGUCUUAAUACAGAGUGAUGUUCCAAUAGAUUUACUUGAUGUGGAUAAAAAUUCUGCUGUUGUCAGCUUUAGCAGCUGUGAUUCUGAGUCAAAUGACAACUUUCUUCUCGCUACUUAUCGGUGCCAGGCAAAUACUACAAGGCUGGAACUCAAGAUUCGUUCAAUUGAAGGCCAGUAUGGCACACUUCAAGCAUAUGUGACUCCAAGGAUUCAACCUAAAACCUGUCAGGUCCGCCAAUACCUUAUCAAACCCCUUUCACUCCAUCAAAGAACUCACUUUAUUGAUCAUGACAGACCCAUGAAUACACUGACUUUAACGGGCCAAUUCAGUUUUGCUGAAGUUCACUCCUGGGUGGUUUUUUGCUUGCCUGAAGUUCCUGAAAAACCUCCAGCAGGAGAAUGUGUGACAUUUUACUUUCAGAACACCUUCCUGGAUACACAACUUGAAAGUACCUACAGAAAAGGAGAAGGAGUUUUUAAAUCUGACAACAUUUCUACUAUAUCCAUCCUAAAAGAUGUGCUCUCUAAAGAAGCUACUAAAAGGAAGAUUAACCUCAACAUAUCAUAUGAGAUAAAUGAAGUAUCAGUCAAACACACUUUAAAGCUAAUCCACCCAAAGCUGGAGUACCAGUUGCUUUUGGCUAAGAAAGUGCAAUUAAUUGAUGCUUUAAAAGAAUUGCAGGUUCAUGAGGGAAAUACAAACUUUCUGAUACCAGAAUAUCGCUGUAUUCUAGAAGAGGCAGAUCACCUACAGGAAGAAUACAAAAAGCAACCUGCACAUCUUGAAAGACUGUACGGCAUGAUCACUGAUCUUUUCAUAGAUAAGUUCAAGUUCAAAGGCACCAAUGUAAAAACCAAAGUACCUCUUUUGCUGGAGAUUCUGGACAGUUAUGAUCAAAAUGCAUUGAUUGCUUUCUUUGAUGCUGCAUGAACUAUAAACAAGGUAAAGUUCCAAAGGAGUCUUUUUAAACGAAAUAUGUUAAAACAGAAUUACGGCACAAGCUAACUGUACAAACUUUUAUUUGAAAUGCUUUUUAAUGUCGUCUAAAAAUAUUUAGGAUGUGACUUCUUUUAGUAAUGCUUCUAUUUUGAGAAAUGGAGCUUUUUUAAAGAGAGUUUUAUUUU